AUGGCUGAUUUAACAAAAGAGGAGAAGAGAGAAAAAAGCAAAUAAAUGAAAGACAAGAUGAAAUAUGUAGAGCAAUAGGCAAGAUUCAGAAAGGCCUAGACCCAAUUAAGAGAAAAUGGAUUGGAAAAUACUACAACUUCCACCAAACGUGAAAUAAUGAGAGCUUUGGAAAUUGAUAUGGAUGAUCAAUAAUUAAAGCAUUAUUAAGGACUACAAAAGAAAUUAGUGCGCAUGAAUUAUUAUGGAUCAUUUUUUGGAUUGACUGCUGCUGCCAUAUUGCCUAGAACAUUAAGAGUUUAUUAGAAACUGGGAUUAACAUCAAGGUUAUUUCUAAAAUCUAUAGUUUAGAGUUGCUCUUUGUGUUGGUACAUUUUUGAUCACCUAACAGGGAGUGGCUUUCAAAUACUUGUGUGAUGUGGAUGAUUUCGAAGUUGAUUUCAUUGAAAAGCACAAAAGUUAAUUUUUAGAAACAUCCUUUGAGAGUUGAUUUAAUUUAGUUUUAUUAUCUUUUAAUAAUUGUAUGUAAUAUUACAUCCCAACCAAAGAUGUUUUGGGAGCCCUUUCAGAUGUAUUUUCCAAGUGCAAUUACCAAUUUGAUAGCUCUAAGCGUUCUGAUUCAUUUGAAAAACUGGCUUCCACUUUUUAGUCUAAAAUCGAUACCAAUAAAUUCAAAAGCAAUUUGGAUAAGUACAUUGAAAAGGUCAAAUGUAUUAAAUAAACUUGAUUUUAGAAAAAAUUUAGUCGCAAGAUGAAAAUGAUGGUUCCUUGUGUCUAACCAGCUAAUGUAACGAUAUAUCAAACUAAAAUGAUUAACAAAUGACUGGGUUGUUAAAUUCAAUUAAAUCAAAAGCUCUUCCUGAAACCUUUGAUCAAUAAAUACAAACUGAUACUUUGAUAUCUUUAGAAGCAUCUGGAGUUCUAGUGGACAAUGGUUGUUAAAUAAUUGUUGAAUAAGUUGAAAAUUUGACAUAAACAGAAUAUGUGAAGGUCGAUGUCUCAACCAAUACUAUAAACGAAGAGGAGAGUGUAAAAAGAAAGGAAUAAAAUUAAUUAAUAUUAUCUAAUCAAGAAGUCUCUAUUCAGAUAUAGAGUCUUUAAAUUAAAAUACAAUAAUCAGAUUUUUCAUGUCAAGUAGAUCAAUUGCAGGAAGAUUCAUAGAAUAUUGUGUUAAAUUAAAGACUUGAAAAUAAUAGUGAUUAACAGUAGUAGAGUUAUCAUUCAUCUGAUUUGAUUGACAAUCUGUAAAUAAUCCAUGAUUAAAUAAAUGAGGAAUGUGUAAAAUGUCCAUGUGGUAAAAGUUUUCUUUUGAGUAAAAAAAAACUAAUUGACGUUGAAUGCUAAUAUGAUAGAUCCCCUAAUGUCAAAUAAUCGAUAAGAAUGAAUAAUUUGGAUUUGGAAUUAGAGGAGAAGUUUAAGCAUAUAAGGAUUAGAAGCAGAUGCAUGAGCCAAACCAAUUAGGUUAAUGAUAAGAUGCAAAUUAAUGAUGAAGAUCAAAUCACAUUUUUAGAAAAUGGUAACUAUUUUCCUUUAUAAUUUAAUAGAAUUAUAAUUAAAAAGCGAACUUUUAGAAACUAAAAAUUAAGUUAUUUUAAAAUUGCACUCUCAGAUUGAAGAUUUGCACAAAUUAAUAAUUGAUCAAAAGGAUAGUGCCAGAAAUCUCAACAAUUCGGAUUCAGAUUUCUCUAAUGAAAGUGAUAAUGGUAAAUAUGAAAAAUUGCAACUAUAAAUCUAAACUGGUGCUGAUAUCCAGGGUCACCUAACUAAGCAGAUGUUAUAAUAUAGUGAAGAGACCAGGAAUCUUGAGCAAUAAAUAAGAGAUCUUAGAGAUCAGAAUUAAGAACUUAAGGAAGAACUUGAUAAAUUGACUAUUUAGAUAACUAAAUUAAAGGAUUAGCAGGCAGAGUAAGAAGAAAAUAAAGCCAAAGAAAUAGAUAUCAUUAAUGAAGAUUACUAAGAUAAGUUAUCUAAACAAAAUAUGAUCAUUGAUGACUUACAAUAAUAAAUUAGUAGUAUCUCAGGUAGUCCUAUGGGAUUAAAUCAAUUGUCUAUGCCUUAAACUAUGAAAUACAUUUCCUAAUAAUAAUACUAAACAGUUGGCUCAGACUCAUAAUAAUCAAAAGGAUCGAAUUCUAAGACUAAAGAGGAAAAGCAAUAAUUUAUGAGAAACUUUAAAAAAAUGACGAGCAUGACAGCUGGAUUGAUGUCGAAUAAAUAGGACUAUACUACUUUGUAAGUCUUGGGUAAAAUGGAUUAGUAUAAGAGCUAAUAAAAAUUAGAAUCCUUUAAUAAACUUAAUUGA